AACUCCCUCGACAUGGCUUUAGAAUCAUCGAGCGCUUCCAGAGAUCACAUGUCUUCAACAAUGCAAUCUCAUCCGCUGUAUGUACUAUGUCAACAAUGUGUCCGCGAUAAUUCUGUUGAAUAAUCUGUGUUUCCCUCUCAUAGAAACUCGUACUUCGACCGACUGAAAGGUUUUCUGAUUUCCAAAUCUAUGUGUUCUCGCGUUUACUGAGCUAUGUAGACGAGGUCUUCGGUAUGAUACGGAACGAAACAUCGUUUCUAGAGAGAAUCCAGCAGCUUGAAACCGAACUAAGUGCUUACAAGCGAGCCUAUGCGGACGUUGACGCUGAACACCGACAGUGUGAAAAGAUUAAAGCCGAAUGUGAGAAGCAGAAGGAGAUAUUUGCAAGUCAACUACAGGGACAUCGGGUUGUCACUUUGAUUGAUGGUGACGGCGCCAUUUUUUCUAGUGAGCUUAUAUCCCAGGGCCUGGCUGGCGGGCACGUAGCCGCACAGAAGUUAUCCGACUCUAUUCUCCAACAUUUAUGCACGAAUUAUGGCGCCAACCAGUACCAACUUUGGGUCUACAUUUUCUAUAAUAAACGCGGACUUGUUGACACGCUGGGGCGCUUGGGGCUGACCACGCUUAAGAUUAAAUUUGAUGAUUUUGCUAUGGGCUUCAAUCAGGCAGCGGAACGUUUCCUCAUGGUUGACGUCGGAAACGGAAAAGAGGCUGCCGAUGCAAAAAUUAAAGUACACCUUGAGGACGAUAUCCGUUUGCCGCAAACGUCAAAAGUAAUAUUUGCCGGCUGUCACGACAAUGGAUACGUCACCAAUCUUCGCUCUCAGAUAACUGCAGGGUACAAGCAAAAGCUUAUUCUUCUAAAGAGUUAUACUGAUAUGGCGGCCGGUAUCUCGGAACUUGAUCUUCCAACACUUACCAUACCGGAUCUUUUCAUGCCCCAAAAGUUAGGGCAGCCUUUAACCAGCGUACCGCCUGGCCUCGCCACCGUACGCAGAUCAUCAUUCGUAAUAGCUCGACCCGCUGUGCCGCCAUUCAUAACAUCAGACGCUUUAGCCGCAGUCCAGAAGCCUACGGCACCAGAUUCUAACGGGACUUGUUCGGCGGUGCCGGACCAAGAACCCAUCUUGGUGCAACGCCCUUCAUUGCCACACCCUUCUUACUCCUUUGUUAUAUCAAACGAACAAAGACCAGAGACUCCGGAUUUGGACCCGGGCACUACGUCCAGUGAUGACUCGGAUGACAGUGACGACCUGUCUGUCGAGGCAUUCGUUUCGUCUUCUUUCACUUCCAGACAUAUUGAUCCUCACAUUCCUCUCUCGAAGCAUAAACCCCCUCCCUGCACGUUGUUCUAUUUGGCCAAUUGCAAGCACGGCGCAGACUGUAGGUAUGCUCAUGACUAUAUACUGGACUCGGAGCAUCGCAACGAAAUUCGCACGAACGCUAAGAAAGCCCCGUGUCCCUACGUUAACAAAGGUGAAACGUGUAUUUGGGGAGAAGACUGUUGUUAUGGACAUGUCUGUCCCAUGUCUGGCAACUGUUACUUCAACAAGAAGGGGAAAUGUAAAUUCACUGGAGUUGAUAUGCAUAAGGAACCGAAAGUGUUAACCAAUGAGUAGAAAAUUCCGUUGCCCUAGUACGAUGUAUGCAUGGAGGACCUCUCCACCAGUAUAAGUAUGCUUUAUGUUCUCC